AUGACAGAGCAACAGCCUUCAUCAUCCCAGCUAGCCGACUCCGUCCCAGUUGCUGCACCGGCUUCACCGGCUGCACAGGCGGGUGAGGGCGAACUCCAGCCGCCCCAGCAUUGGUCAGAACAGCCCUUGGAGGACGAUGGCGACUCAGCGCUCGGCGAUGAUGCAGCCAGCUCGACGGCAUCUAUAGCGUCCAGUAUCUUGGAAUACCGAACCGUCAACGGACGGACAUAUCAUAGCGACCGAGGUUCCCACCAGUACUGGGGUGCGAAUGAUGACAGACAGAACGAGACGUUGGAUAUUCAUGGCGAAAGACAUCACGUCUUCACGCUUGCGCAGGACGGAAAGCUUUGCUACGCUCCGUUGAAACCUGAUAUACAGAAAGCUGUCGACAUUGGCACGGGAACAGGCAUCUGGGCCAUUGACUUUGGUGACGAAUACCCAAAUUGUGAGGUCAUUGGUACCGACCUCUCGCCCAUUCAACCGGGCUGGGUUCCGCCCAAUGUGCAUUUCCAGAUUGACGAUUUUACACAGGAGUGGACAUUCGCAGACAAUUCGCUCGACUAUGUGCACUUCCGGUGGCUGGUUGGCACCGUGACGGACUGGGCGGCACUCUUCAAGCAGGCGUACAAAGCACUCAAGCCGGGCGGCUGGAUCGAGUCCUUUGAAUGCAACGGCUACUUUGAGUCGGAAGACGACACCGUCACCGACAAGACGGCCGCGGCACAGUGGGGCUAUAUAUUCCGCGAGGGCUCCAAGAAGAUGGGGUCGACGGCUUCGUUCACCGUCGUUCGCGACGGGCUACAGAAGAAAGCACUGGAGGAAGCAGGUUUCACUAACAUCCAGCAACAGCCUCUCCGAUUCCCGAUCUCGGAUUGGGCGACCGACCCGAAGCUUAAGCAGAUUGGCCAGUACACAAGGGCUGCACUCGAAAAUGAUAUCGAGGGUACAAUGGGGUUCAUGGCCAACCAAUUGGGCUGGUCGCCGGAGGAGGUCACGGUCUACGCUGCUCAUCUCAGGAAAGAGGUGCGCCAGCGCAAGGUACAUGCCCUUUACCGUGCUAACGUAGCUUGGGCACAGAAGCCUGAGACCUCUGAAACUUCUUAUGCAUUGCAUUUGAAGCUUUUAUCUCUUUAUGAACCUAACCAGUUGUUACCUGCCCCUCAUUGCUUUGCCUCAGCUUACCCAUCUUGUGAGCCCGAGGCGGACUCUGAUGAGUCCGAAGGAUACACACCUGCCCCUCAUUGCUUUGCCUCAGCUUACCCAUCUUGUGAGCCCGAGGCGGACUCUGAUGAGUCCGAAGGAUACACACCUGCCCUCAGUUCCUGGCAGAGGCAGUCUUUCAUCUCGGGUGGCUUUAUUCGUGAGGAUGACUAUCAGCGCGAGGUCAAGCUAUUUGCAAGGAGCGAUACCAGGCAAGGCAACAAGGUAUUCUGGUGGGAUGCUUACAUCGUCACAUCUCUACAUAUGUGA